UUAUUCUAUGGUCGAUUGUCUUGUAGUAAAACACACAUGUCGCUAGCUUGCUUGCUAGCUAGUCCGUUGCAAUCAUUAGGUGGUAUAGACAAAUGUUUUAAUGAUAGCCAGUAGGUUUUAGUAUUACUACGUGCGUUAGAAUUGGGAAAAUGGCACAUUUGACUACAAACCCUGCCAUCAAAGAAAGGCAUAUGUGCAUAUACCCUGCAUAUGUCAACAGUAAGAAAACGAUAGCAGAAGGAAGAAGAAUACCAUCUGAAAAGGGAGUGGAAAAUCCAACAUGUGCUGAAAUCCGGGAUGUCCUCUCUGCGGCUGGAUUGAACGUUCUGGUUGAGAACAAGAUGUACCCCAGAGAGUGGAACCGGGACGCGCAGUUUCGGGGAAGGGUUCGUGUCCAGCUGAAGGAGGAAGAUGGAAACCUGUGCCAGGAAAAGUUUUCAUCGCGCAAAGACGUGAUGCUCUACGUGGCUGAAAUGAUUCCGAAGUUGAAGACCAGGACCCAGAAGAGCGGGGCGGGGGACAACAGCGCCCAGUUGGGCGAGGGGGGCAGGAAGGGGAAGAAGAAGAAGAAGUAACACGUCCUGCUUUUUUGUUCCGCGUUUCACCGUGACAAGUUCCCAGUGGUCCCUUAUGCUGGAUUCCCAUGUUCACUGAGCAUGAAGGACAUACACAUAGCUGGCAUUCGUUUAAAAACAAAAAAAGGAGGAAAAGAUAUUUGUGUUACGGGGGGGUCUGGGGGAGUAUAAAUAUCUCCAUAGGGGAGUUAUUUAUUUUUCUUUCAUGGUUGUUUUUUUUAAUUUUUAUCGAUGGUCGUCAGGAGCAUUAUGCCAGUAUAGUUUACCUAUGGAAAUGAUCAAUCUGUCUGAUGGCUACAUGUAAUUAUUAUUUUGCUUUUAUCCUUCCUAGAAAGCUUUUGAAAGGGUUUUCAGUUGUUUUCGAAACGUCAUCGUUUUGUUAAUUUAUCUCUCAAACCGUGCGAGCAGAUGCUUUGAGAGCAACGGUAGUUCAUAAAUAAAUACAUUUCACAGACCUCUC